AUGCUCUUCGCCAAAGCCACGAUUGCUCGUGCCGUGGAAGCUGCUCUUCCGGAUGGCAUGACCGCCACUGACGAGAUGGUGGAAGCGAUCAACAAGAGUUGUGCAGAGUUUGUGAAUCUGCUCUCCACCGAGGCGUCGGCCAAGGCGAAAUGUUCAGGGAAAAACCCGGUCAUGUCGAACGAAGACGUCGUGGAGGCCAUCAAGAGGCUUGGGCUGGAGGCCUACCUUACGGGCGCGGAGGAAGGGGCGGCAGCGGACACGGAAAAGGAGCAAGCGAGAAGAAAGAGGAAGAGAAAGCCAAAACAAUCCAAAGAGGAGGAAGAGGCCGCGGCGAACAGGCAGCGCGAGCUGCUGGAAGCCACGGCGAAGAGCUUCUACGAAGACCAAGGGCUGGCGUAAGCACUACUUCUGUGGCCCUCAUCACCUUGCGGCUGCUCUCCGACUUCCCCUCGAAUUGGGUUGGGAACAAUAACAGGAGAGUCACGACGAUUCCCCCAGACGGAGAAGGUGUUUUCUUGCUUGAGCGUGCCGAGUUGCGUUCUCCAGUAGAAGGGGGUGAGAACACUUGAGCCCAGGUCAUUCAGGCGAGAGAAUCUCCAUCAACGACGGUAAGGGUGUCGACCGGAAGCACCAGUUCAACCGCUCCCUCUCUAAUGAGAAGAGCGUCGCCUGACCCAUUUCGCGUACCCCACGCGGGCGGUAUGCACUCUUGGACGGGGGUAGGUGGUUGGAACUGGAAUAGUAGUGGCUUGGGUGCUGGUGGUCGUGCUGGGGGUUAACCGCUGAUUUGGCGUCCAUGGUACGCCUCUGGUGGGGGCGAGGGCGGGGUUCGGAAAUAUCACUUCAGUUACCCCUGCGGGGGCAAGAGCUUCAGGAAAAGCUGCUAUCUGUAGCACGUUCGUAGACGAGCGUUGACGUGGCGAAUGUGUUCAAUUGCUGCUGAGAAACCGACCCCAGGUAUGGUAGAAGCUCCUUGACCCUUUAGCUCUUGCCUUGUUUGUUGGGCGGAGGAUUCGAAUGUCUCCUCCGGGGAACGCCCAAGGGAAGGCUUCAGAACCGUGUGGAGGACCUAUACUGUAGCUUGCACUGGCGACCUAGACGAAGUUGACGCCUGUGUGUUG